AUGGUCAGCACUGGAUGGACUUCGAAUUACUCCAGUAGUGUUGGCAUAACACUAAAACCAAGAGUCAUGACUUCAACAGAUCCGCAUGGAAAUAGGUCUGUGAUUACUGGCUUUGAGUCUCAUGGUCGAGUUGGCUUCAACGUUGAUCCAGGCAGUGUGAAGUUUGGCCGUUUCCAGGAUCCACGCGCCGCUCUUCGCAACCAUCUACGCAACCGUGUCGAUGUGGAUUCCGACUCGGGCACCUCUAGGCGCCAUCCCGUGCCCUCCUCCACCGGAGGUCAAAUUAGCACCAAAGGCAUGACCUAUGAUGAAAUUAAGGAUCGACUAAGAGGUACUGGUCAACUCUUUGAGGAUCCAGACUUCCCCGCUGAAGACUCUUCUCUCUUCUACUCCACGGCCGCCCCUCGUGGUAUCCAAUGGAAACGACCACAUGAAUUCUGCAGCAACCCUAAAUUUGUUUCCGGUGGUACAAGCCGUUUUGAUGUGCGUCAGGGAGAAUUGGGUGACUGUUGGCUGCUGGCGGCCGUUGCAAACUUGUCGUUGUACGAAGAUCUCCUCGAUCAGGUCAUUCCACCUGACCAAGAGUUCGAUAGGGAUUAUUGUGGUGUCUUUCGGUUUGUAUUCUGGCGUUUCGGUGAAUGGGUCGAGGUGGUUGUGGAUGAUCGUCUACCCACUCGCAAUGGGAGCCUCGUAUUCAUGCACUCCGUUGAUCGCGAUGAAUUUUGGUCAGCUCUCCUCGAAAAGGCAUACGCCAAGUUGUUUGGCUCCUAUGAAAGCCUUCGUGGUGGCAGUACAAUAGAGGCGUUGGAGGAUUUCACGGGUGGCCUGGCCGAAUACUACGAUCUCCGCGGCAAGCAACCAGCGGAUUUGUUCAAGAUCCUGACCAAAUGUUAUGCACGGCAAACUCUCAUGGCCUGUUCCAUUAGCCCUGAUCCUAAUGUCCUGGAGGCUGAACAGCCCAACGGUCUCAUUCGUGGACAUGCCUACUCCUUAACUAAAGUUGCCCAAGUGAACACGAGUUCAGGACCGGUACAACUGCUCCGUCUCCGCAAUCCUUGGGGAAACGAGGCGGAAUGGAAGGGCCGUUGGGGUGACUCCUCUCCGGAGUGGCGCACGGUCUCCGACAGCGAGCGUCGUGAACUUGGCCUCAGCGUCGAAGCCGACGGCGAGUUUUGGAUGUGCUACGAUGACUUUGUUAACGAAUUUGAGAAGAUUGAAAUGUGCGCUCUCGGUCCGCAGUCGUUGAACAUGGACGAGAGUCGCAAGAAGGUGGCCUUUGAGAUGACCCUUGAGCAUGGGGGUUGGCAACCUGGUGUUAACGCUGGUGGCUGUCGCAAUUUCCUCGAAACAUUCUGGACGAAUCCUCAGUACCGUGUGGAGGUUGACGAUGCUGAUGACGACGACAAUGAAAAUUUGGGAACUCUGAUUGUCGGCCUGAUGCAAAAGGAUCGCCGAAAAAUGCGUAAACAGGGUGCUGAAUUACUCACCAUUGGUUUCAUGGUUUAUGGAUUAAAAGAACGACAUGAGGGUCUGCUGGACUUAAAUUUCUUCAAAUACAAUGCCGCAGUAGCGCGAUCUCCGGCCUUCAUCAACACUCGUGAGGUAACCGGUCGUUUCCGUCUGCCACCUGGAACGUACGUCAUUGUGCCGUCCACAUUCGCCAAGAACGAGCGUGCCGAUUUCCUUCUGCGUAUCUUCUCAGAGAAAGUCAGCACUGCUGAGCAAAUGGAUGACUCUGUUGGAAUGGAAGAACCAGAAGGUGCACUGAUGCCAGAGCCAAUUAGUGAGAGUCAAGUAGUGGCGCUGAAGAAUGCCUUUGAAAAGGUCUGCGGCCCCGAUGGAGAGAUCACGGCUGACGAGCUGAUCGAUAUUCUUAAUGUUGCUUUUACCAAAGAGCUCAACGAUGGUCGUGAAGGCACCACCAAGGCACCGACUCCCGCACCAGUUCCAGUCACAGUUCGGGCGACCUCCAGAGGCUUCAGUUUGCUGUGUUGUGGCCUCGGGCAAAAGGCCGAGAACGACACUGCGGAGAACGGCCCUUCUGGCGCCAAGGCUGGCUCCGAAGCCGGUGAACAUGACUUCACAUUUGACGGCUUUAGCAUUGAAGCUUGCCGUUCUCUUAUUUCUAUGUUGGAUGUCGACCGAUCAGGUAGUUUGGACUUUGAAGAAUUCAAAAUCCUUUGGGAAAUUUUGCGCCUUUGGAAGGUUAUCUUCAAAAAGUUUGACACCGACAACAGUGGAACUAUGAGCACCUUCGAACUUCGAAAUGCACUCAACUGUGCAGGUUAUCACAUUGAUAAUGCAACUUUCACAAGUGUCGUCUUGAGAUUUUCAAAUCGCGAUCGUAUCUUGCGAUUCAACGACUACAUAAUCUGCUGUGCGCGUCUAAGAACAGCAUUCGAGACCAUGAGAACUGGCAACUCCUAUGGAGGUGCUCAGGUAACUUUCCAAAUUCACUCGGUUUGUUUCCUCUCAAUCUAG